AUGAAGACAUUGCCAUCCAUGCUUGGAAUGGGAAAGUUGCUUUGGGUCCUCUUCCUAAUCCUGUAUCUGGGCAUCUGCAGUAUCUAUGGUAAAAUUGAGAAUAUUCAUACCGGCAAGGGAAAAGAAGAAAAUUUGGACAUCGUUCUAGGUAGAGAGAUAUGCAGAGUGAUGGAUUUCAGGAACACACAAGUUGGGAAGAAUAUUUCAGCUUUUAUUCUGUGUUUUGAACAAGUGCUUGCUACUAACAAUGGGUAAUACAAAAGCAUGGCUGAUACAUUUCCAUCUGGACAUAAUGCAACCAGUGCCUCAGGACCACCCUCUAAGGAUGAGAUGGCAAACAGAAAAUUGCUCCUUUGUGGUUUGCUUCCUUUGGAGGGAUUAUCUCUACUCCUCAUUACCUGUCUCUGCCUUUUCUGUGGCCUGAAAAAGCACCAAGAUUGGUUUCAUUUUCUCUGCACCACUCCUGAUCCACACUUUGGGUUCUGUUCCUGGGGCUGGCUGUUAGAUUUUUACUUGGUUUCUGCUGUUUUCUUUCAUGAUUUUCUGGGAUACACCACAGAGAACCCCUUGAGUUUCCAAGAUUUACAGGUAAUGGACCAGAAUACAAUCGGAAGUAAAGGUGGAAUUGGCUUCCGCCCAAGACUCUUGACAGGUGGAGCCUUGUCAAGCAGCAGUCGUAGAGGUCUGGGCAUCACCACAGUAGAUUAUUUCUUCUAUGAAGUCACAGAAACUGGAAUUUAUGAUAAUGACCCCUGGUUCAGGGAACAGGAAAGACCUGAAGUUUAUUCUAAUCCUUGCUUGAAGAAGAACAAACAGAACAUUGUUUAUGCUUCCCUGAAUCACUCUGUGACUGGAAUAAACCUAAGAUCAGCAAGAGAUAUGAAAAAAGGGUCUACAGAAUAUGCAGCCACAUGUAUGAGGAGUUAA